AUGAAGGGCACCUCAAUUUUUCAAUUCAAGUCCUGGCCAAAGAUUCAUCAACCCUUACCUCGUACUCCACGAGAGUCGCAGCAACUACUGAAUGCUCUCACAUCUUCCUUUCGUCGUCAGUUAGACGGGGCUUAUCCCGCGUCCGGCAACAAUCAUGGCAGACCCCUCUCGAACCCCGAAUCGUCAGCACAUGCCACCGACCAGCAUUUACAGAACAUCCUUGAUAAUCCUCUUUUCCGCAUAAUUCCGGCUGUGCCUCACUCACAAGUGCCUACAUCAUUGCAAAGCGUGGAGGGUCAGCGACGGCUUGCUGAAGAACCCAUGGCAGUUUUUGAUCAAAUGGCCGCAGCUGGCUCAGUCACUGCAAGCACAAUUACUGAGUGCUUGAAGGCCCAACUUCUUCUUUCAAGGUCCCCAGCCGAUAUGAAAUCAUCUCGGGCAGCAUCGCGGAUCGUCAAUUGGUAUUGGGCAUCUGAUGGCACAUCAAGGCAAACGUUAUUGCGCUUGCGACCAGCUACUACGUCGUUAACCAAGUUCAUGGUUGCAGAGGGAUUGCAUGACACUGUCAUGCAGUGGUUGCAAAUGCUCAUCAAUCAAGACUUGGGCAGUCAAAACGGCCGGCUCACCGAAGGGCUCGCUCGGCAGACAUUCAGUCAUCUCCUCGUUGAUUUCAUAGACGCGGAAACUUGCUUUGGGGAUGGCUUUGGGUCAGCAAUGGCAUAUUAUUUACGUGUAUGCCAGAUGCACUUCCACAGUGCAUCAUCUCAUAAGUCAAGGAAGCCGAUGCUUCUGGCCGCAGGAGCUCACCUGAGUCGCACGGCUAUGGAGUACAAACCGUCAGGCGAGGAGGUAUCGGUAUCAGUAUAUGAUGAAUUCAGGGACACGGUUUCCCUGUUGACUCCUCGAUCUCUAUUGGCAGCAUCUGUGGCCAUCUGUCACCCAACUAAUCCUGACCCACGUCCAUUCGUUCAAUUUGUGGGGAACCUAUCACCAAUUAAGUUCCAGGCCUGGAAUGGAGCCAGGCGAGAUGCCUUUUUUGAAAUUGGAUCCGAGGCCCUUCGAGUGCUGGUUGAACGCAAACGAUUCCGCGAUAUAUCCAGGCUGGAGCACCAUAUUUCCGAAUUGCUGCCAGAAGAGCCAGCAGCCCAGGUUGCUGAGAAAUCACAGGCAUCGCCCGAAGUUGUGGACAUCAGUCGUUUGAACUGGAGCUUCACAUGA